GGUGGCGGCAACGGACCAUUAAUAUGUUUAUCCCAAUCGCCAUAAAACACCAAAGAAGAUGAAGAGGCUACGUGAUUUAAAGAUGGCGGAUGCGUGUGCGUGAUCUAUGAUUACAACUGUCACAUUUAUUACAGGACGACCUGUUAGCUGUCGUUCUAAAAUUCAGAUGGGAAUCCGUAACAUCGUGUCGCAUUCUGGAGCUGGGUUUAUGCCCGCUAAAGUUGCCGUGGUCACCAAAACUACGAGGUAUGAAUUUGAACAGCAAAGAUAUCGCUUCGCGGAGCUCUCCGAAGAAGAUCUGAAGCACCUGCUUGCCAUGAAAGGCUCCAGUUACAGCGGACUGCUCGAGCGACACAACAUCCACACGCGCAGCGUGGAACACAUCGUGGACAGCCUGAAGAAAGAAGGUGUGGAAGUGCGCGUGAUGCGGAGAGGGGAGUACAACGAGGAGACGGUUCGGUGGGCGGACGCCAUCAUCUCUGCAGGAGGUGACGGCACUAUGCUGCUUGUGGCCAGUAAAGUGUUUGAUAAAGACAAACCUGUUGUGGGGGUCAACACGGAUCCUGAGAGGUCAGAAGGACACCUGUGCCUACCUGUCCGCUACACACAUUCCUUCCCCGAAGCACUGCAGAAAUUCAGGAUGGGAGAUUUCAGGUGGCAGUGGCGGCAGCGCAUCCGCGUGCACUUGGAGGGGACGGGGAUCAACCCCUCCCCGGCAGACCUGCACGAGCAGCAGCUGAGCCUGGAGCAGCACAACACGUUCCACCGCAUCAUCGCCGGCGACCAGCGAAGUCCAGGUGCUGAAAACUACAGCGUCGCCGGCCCCCUCCUGCUCCCGGUUCGAGGGCUGAAUGAGAUCUUCAUUGGGGAGUCUCUGUCCUCCAGGGCGUCGUACUACGAGAUCUCCGUGGACGACGGACCGUGGGAGAAGCAGAAGAGCUCCGGGCUGAACGUCUGCACCGGAACCGGAUCCAAAGCCUGGUCUUACAAUAUUAACAAGCUGGUCGACCAGGCUGUGGAGGACAUCCUGAAGAUAGGUAAAGCACAAAAUGGCCUAUCUGUUCCACUGGAUAAGGAUCUUGUUGAAAAGUUGACCAAGGAGUACAACCAGUCGCUGAUCUUUGACCCGGAGGACUGCAGAAUGUUCUUCAGCAUCCGAGAGCCCAUCACCAACAGAGUUUACUCCUGUAGCCUCCAGCGAGGCUUCGCCAGCAAAGUGUGCAUACGCUCGAGGUGCUGGGACGCCUGCAUGGUGGUGGACGGGGGGACGUCCUUCGAAUUCAACGACGGCGCCAUAGCGACCAUCACCAUGAGCGAGGAGGACCAGCUCCGCACCGUGAUCCUCACAGACUGACCCCUGACCCCUGACCCCUCAAACAGUUCCAGCCAACCCUGCCACCGGACCAUGUCUGGCCAGUACUAUGGGAUGGGAGAGGAGAGCGCUGGGAGACGCCAGCUAGGACAAGAGAAACAGGACCUGGAGGUCAAUUUGGGAAGAUAAAGAAAGACCGUGACCAGGGUCUCCUGCUCCACCUCCUCCUCCUCCUCGUUUGGCCAGAGAAGUGAUGACCUUAUGUUUCUGUGCUGCGAUUCAUUUUUAUUAGCUGUAAACAAAAGGGAUUGAUCUUUAGACUGUAGGCGAUUUAGAUUUUCUUGCUUUCGGUGGGCUCAAUCAAUUGCACUUCCAUUUGAAGCAAACGCGUAUAGCUUUAUGCACCAUGCUUGAGUUUGUUUUUAUAGCGGCCAUUUUGGCACAGCCGAUUAUGCAGAUGGAGUGGAGAUGAGUCUGUCGGUACAUUUGUUACAGAUGCCGCCACGCUGCUUGCAUUAGCGCUGGUGGUUGUCAUAUACUGGAUUGUACCAAAACUCCUGUACUUCCGCAUCCUCAGGGAGAUGGAUUAAUCUGGUCAUUCACCCCCUGAAACCUGAGAAAAAAUCCAGCCAGCACUGAACCUAAUCAGCAUAUUGUGGGGACUGGGAAAUAUCUUUAUGGCAUGUAAUUUGCAGAACUGUAAGUUACAUGCAUAGAUUACAUUCAUUUGGCAGACACUUUUUGUACAGAGCAACUUGCAAUAUAAAGUGCUUGUCAUCAGUAUUUCUAUUAUAAAUACUGAGGCCUGGUUUCAGGUAUUAAUCUGACUUGCAGCUAAAGGCAGAAGCUUUGGAAUCAGCAAGAAUCAGACGUGUGACCUGGGAAAGUCUAAUUGAGGUACCUCAGGUUAUGGAUAUACAGACUGAUUCUGGGGGAGGGCGGGGACAGGGUGGCAGGGGUUUGGAAGAAACGAGAGUUGAUUUCUUCGUGACUUGGGCAAGCCCCGCCAAAGCUUUUGGGUGAUGCUUAUUGACGCAGAGUGCAUAAGGCAAGCCUAUUCAAACGUAAUUCACUGUUACCUUCUUUUAUUUGCUUUGUAGCAAGGGGAAAAAAUGCAGCCAAACUGCGCCUUUCAUGUUACGGCAGAUCAUGUAGCAGUGUUUUAAUGCUGAAAGCCUUUGUAUACAGUGUUUGGAUAUUGAAUUAAAAAGCUACCACAGAUACCACACA